CAUCACGAAAGUCCACCGUGUCAACCGCCGAACGCUUAGUUUUCCAGAGUCCUCCAUCACCAAUCUGGUUCCCCCCGCCUUGAUCGGUCAGGUCAUCUCUCUUGUCCGCGGUUCAAACUCUCGCUCUCACCAUGGCCGAACAAGAACAACCCCCGCCAGAGUAUGAGACCCAUCAAGGCCCGCCACCACCGGGCUCGAUUGCCAUUCCGAUACCCCUCGGGCCCAACGGCGAAAAGCCCACCCCCGAGCAAAUCCAGCAAAUUCAGAUGCAAAUUGCCGCCGAGGCCCAAAGGCAUGGAAUCUCGAUUCAGGAAUAUGUUCAGCGAAUGCGACAGCAGGCUAUGGCUCAGCAACAGAUGCAGAUGCAGGCGCAGAUGGAGGCCCAGCAGCGCGCGCAACAGCAACAGCAGCAGCAGCCCAUCCAGCCCGGCCCACCUAAGCCCGAAGCCAUUGCUCUUGCAAAUUGGCUCAAGUCGCAGGACCUGAAGCCUAGGACCGUCGUGCACGACGAAAAGAGAAAGGAUAUGUUCAGAGUCAAGCGAGCGAUCCGCGCCAUACAGUCACCCGCAUACCAAAAGGCACGGGCUAAGAAUCCUCUUCUCCCAGAAGUCCAUGACCGCGUAACAGCAGAGAACUGUUUCAAGCUGCUGCCUCUUUCUCUGCUUGCACUCCGGGUAUCCAAGGCCGACGAGGACGAACACGAGGGCCACAACCACGCCAAGCCCAAGCGCAUCAAGGGACUGUGGACCGUCAAGAUUGAGCAGCACCAAGACGCAAAUGACGACAGUUACUACAUUUGGCUGUACGAGGGAUCGCAAUGGAAGCAAAAGCUGUACGCUGUUGGCGCCUUGGUGGCUGUGAUUGCUAUCGUGCUGUUCCCGCUUUGGCCGCUGAUGCUGCGCCAAGGUGUAUGGUACCUGAGUAUGGGCAUGCUUGGAUUGAUUGGACUCUUCUUCGCCAUGGCCAUUGUCCGUCUGAUUCUCUUCAUCAUCACAAUAUUCGUUGCCCCGCCUGGUCUCUGGCUGUACCCUAAUCUAUUCGAGGACGUUGGUUUCUUCGACUCGUUCCGUCCUGUGUGGGCAUGGCAAGAGACUCCCGAGGAUAUCAAGGCAAAGAAGGCAGCGAAAAAGGAAAAGAAGGCCGCUAAGCUGGCUGCUAAAGCUGCGGGUAUCAAGGGCAAGAAACACGGUCAUGAUGCUUCGAGGACAACAACUCCAGUGCCGCCGAAUGCUGCUCCCUUUGCUGCCCCUCCUGCGCCUGUGGAUAACGCACCACAAGCUACUGGGGCGGAAGCCACAGAAGAGGGCGGGGUAACUCAGCGGCCACCACGGGCGACUGUGGAGGAGGUUCAGGAGGAGUAGUAGUAGUGUAGGUGUGUGCGUUUGUUUGUUUGUUUGUUUAUUUGUUUAGGUGCACUAGGUAGAUAGGGAGCGCGAGGUAGAGAGGGGGGUGGGACGAUGAUACUAUGCAUGGCUUUGCAGGCGCAAUUUUUGGCAUUUCUUCCUCUUAAACAAUUGUCUGUGUUUUGGAGAACCGAAGAGAGUGACGCGUGAUACCGAAGUUGGAGGAGAGGAGUAUCUGCAGAUGUACUCUUUCUCUCUUU